AUGCGUGCCAACAUUGUUCUCGCCCUCGUCUCCCUGCUGAGCACAGCAGAGGCUCUGCGCCGCGGCUGCAGACCUGACUCCAAAGACGCGUCCAAAGGAUGGUACUACACGGUCGCCGGAGACACGCUCGCCGGGGUCGCCGCCGACUUUUGCACGACGCCCGACGUGGUUGCCGACUUGAGCAAAAGACUCGACAACUACGCAGCCAACCUUCCCGCAGGCAUCAACCUCAUUGUUCCAUGCUCUGUGCGUAAACGCGACUGCCGCCGCAACACGUUCGAUGGCGAUGGCGCAUAUGUCUUUGAGGCAGACGACACUCUGGCUGCCGUCGCCGCCGACUUUUGCACCUCGGCCGAUAUUUUGCAGCAGGCCAACACGCUUGUCAUCCUCAACAAGGACUCUAUACCAGCUGGCACCGUCAUCCAAGUUCCUUGCUCAUUCAACUGGUAG